AUGUUCGAUGCACCAGUGUUCGAGGAUUCUCCCGAAUAUGGGCUGGGAGGAACGGGGGAUUGCGAUUCGUCCCCCGAUGCAGAUUGUAUCGUUACCACAGGCGCUUUUGCCCCGUCCACCGGGAACUUCGAGCUCUCUUGGCCUAUUCCCCAUCCACUGCGGAGAAACCUGACACUCAUAACCGGCUGGUUCGACGAUGAGCUACCUCAAAACCUGACCCUUGGGCCAGACUUUGUGCGUAAUGCGACGCAGCAAACGACAGGCGACUUCUUCAGGUUCCAGUUCGCAAUGGCACUCAUGCACAACCAUGUACACAAUUUUGUUGGGGGCGACUUGGCAGGGGACUGUCCAAAGGUCCUGCCUAAGGAAGAUUGCCGGGGUAUGAAGAUAAGCUUCACGCCUAAUGACCCGCUUUUCUGGCUGCAUCAUGCGCAACUCGAUCGGCUGUGGAGUAAGUGGCAGCGCCAACACCCAUCUAACUUUGCUGCCUUCUCCGGCAUACCUCUAAAUCCGCAGAACAUGACCGACGAGCGCUAUGACCUCAAUGCUCACGCCGAUCAUCACAUGGGCUUCGACGUCCAGAGUGUGCCUGUAGCGCCGAAGGAUACGUUUGAUAUCGAGGCUUGGCCGUUGUCCACGAGCACAACCAUGCGCACCUCCCUCUACCUCACUCGUUUCCUCACUCUCCUCUUCUGCCUUGUCUUCCCCCUCUACCUCGCCCUUCGUGCCGCCGCUUCUCUAUCCGACAUUAAACUUCUCAUAUCUUCCCUAUCUGAGCGUACUGAAGCGCUUCACAUUGCCCUCACCUCCCAGCUUGCCGCCUCUUCCACACAGAUCUCCAAAGAUGCCAAGGCUGCCAAUUCAUACAAGAGUGAAAGGAGGAAGUACCCUUCCCUCUCCGAUGGACUAGCUCACUGUAUCAACUCCUUCGAGCAGUAUCCUUUCCUCGCUGAGCGUGUGCUCCAAAGGAAAUAUGCGCGAUACACCAAGCAGACACCUACGCAGAAAACCAUAAGCAACAAACUCGGCUAUCCUGCGCACUUUGAAAAAGCCAGGAAGGGAAUCGAGGUGAACGCCCGUUUCUCGGAACAGAUGGCGCAUAUAGCGAGAGAAUAUUACCACACCGGCCCAGAAGCACUCGAGGACAAAGAAGACGCUGAUUUCGGGGCGGUGGACCUGGUCUUUGGACACCUUUCGCGAGACUGGAGCCCGCAGGGUGCAAAGGAGAGACAAACUGUGUUUCCGCCUGUUUUGCAUGGGCUUGAGCAACACUUUGGUGGAAACGGGAGGGGGAAAAGGAUACUUGUUCCAGGAAGUGGUUUGGGCCGUCUGGCAAGCGAUAUCGCUGAUCUUGGGUACGACGUCACGGCUAACGAGCUGGACUACGGUUCCAUCAUGGCCUACCACCUGCUGACGAACCACACGAGCUCGCUGCACCAACACACAUUCCAGCCCUUUGUGACCAAAUGGACGCAUCAGUCCAAUCCCUCCUCACGCUACUCCACCCUGACAGUGCCGGAUCAUUGGCCGAACAAAGCGGUCAAGCUCGUAGAGGGUGAUUUUCUGGACAUGUUUCCUCAGGACGGAGAGUUCGACGCUGUUGUCACACUGUUUUUUAUCGAUAUUUCCAAGAACGUGGUUGACUUCUUGGGUAAUAUACAUCGGCUGCUGAAGCCUGGUGGACUGUGGAUUAAUCUUGGACCGCUUAAAUGGGGUACUCAUUCCGCUAUCCAACUCUCUGCUGAAGAAAUGCUCCAGCUGGCAGAUCUGCUCGGUUUCGACGUGGACCAUACGUCAAGGAAGAGCAUCGAUAGCCUAUAUGCUGAACAGCCGGACACGCUGCUGAAGUUCACUUAUAUUACGCAGUUCUGGUCUGCGACGAAGAGAGUGUAA